CGUGGUGUGGAGGUGUGCGAAGCGGUCCCGAAGACGAUUGGUUGUCCAAGUUCCAUCUGUCACACCAACUCGCGCUCGGACGGCUCAAUAUAAACCCACGGGUUUGUGAUGAGGGGCACACUGGACUGAUAACCGAAAAGAAACGGAAUAUUUGCUCUGAAGCUAAUCCCAAGUUCUACUUGUCAGAAACUCCUUUGGGCAAUUUUUGUUGCGUGCCACUCAUCUGCCUGACAACAGUAGCCAUGAAGACCAAGCGUUCCCUCCACUCUGCCACUCCUCUGCGAGAGAGCUUGAUCCUGUCCAAGGUGGCCGGCACGUCCGUCUACCUGAAGCUGGACUCCGCCCAGCCCACCGGCUCGUUCAAGAUCCGAGGCAUCGGCCACCUGUGCAAGACGUGGGCAGAGCGAGGAUGUGUGAGGUUCAUCUGCUGUUCAGGUGGCAAUGCUGGGAUGGCAGCAGCCUACUCUGCUCGUAAACUGGGGGUGCCCGCUACCAUCGUGGUGCCCAGCGUCACCCCUGUCCAGACUGUCCAGAGGCUCAAGGACGAGGGGGCAGACGUGAUCAUCCACGGCAAAGCUCUUAAUGAAAGCAUUGAAUACGGCCAGCAGCUCGCAGCCAAUAACCCAGACUGGGUCUUCAUCUCGCCCUUCGACGAUCCCCUUAUUUGGGAGGGCCACACGUCCCUGGUCAAGGAGCUGGAGUCCGAGAUGGAGGAGAAGCCGGGAGCGGUCAUUCUGUCCGUCGGGGGUGGGGGUCUCCUGAACGGGGUGGUGAUGGGCCUGCGGCGUGCCGGCUGGGACGACGUCCCCAUCAUCGCCAUGGAGACCGUGGGGGCACACAGCCUGAACGCCGCCAUGAAGGCCGGAGAACUCGUCACGUUGCCAGCCAUCACCAGCAUUGCCACAACGCUGGGCCUGACGCGUGUGUCUGCACAGACCUUUAAGCUGGUACAAGAACACACAGUCUUCUCUGAGCUCGUCACAGACCUGGAUGCCGUACGAGCAGCAGAGCGGUUCGUCGACGAUGAGAAGGUGCUGGUGGAGCCGGCCUGCGGGGCAGCCCUGGCCGCCGUCUACUGUGACAUCGUCCGGCGGCUACAGACGGAGGGCAAGCUGGCGCAGCAGCUGGGUCCCGUGGUGGUCGUGGUGUGUGGUGGCAACAACAUCACCCUGGAGCAGCUCCGCCUCUUCAAGAAACAGCUGGAAAUUGAGUCCUAGAACUGGGGACUAAAAAAACCAAAACAAAAAAACGCUACAAAAAAUCUUGUUGUCUUAACUCUCUGGGAACAAAGACUGACAACUGACACCCCAAAAUCAUUCCAGAAAUGCUGUGUCCCUUGGCUCGACCCCAAGCGACCAUCCUACACUUCUUGACACUGCUUUUCGUCUGGCUGGGCAAUUGUACACUUUGUGCUAAUCACAAAUGGCUUUAUAAGAUGAUGUGUGUUGGCAACGGAUGUGUGAAAGAUUAACGUCAAAUAGCUAACUGACAUCAUGUAAUGUUUUUUUCACUGGACUUAUGUAACUGCUCAUAAUCUUUUUGAAUGUUAUGUGUAGUUCAUAGAAUAUUUAGUUGUGUAGAUAUUUUUUUAUAAUGCACGUGUUCACUCACGCCUCUGAAAUUAAUGGGGCAAUAUACUCUUCUUUGUCUCUAUUUUUGUACAUGUUCUAUUUAAAAGAGGAAA